UGGGGUGGAAAACAAGUGCGGACGGACAGACGCUCCCUGCACCAGGCACAGACGUCCCAGGACAGAGCCAUGGCCGGGGCCCUGCUGGAGCCCCACAAGCUGGUCCCCACCCCCUUCGAGGGGCAGCACUUCGACCCCUACGACUACUACAGCCUGACCGAGCGCUACAGCAUGCCGGGCGGGUGCAGCCGGAAGGGCCGCUCCAAGCGGGAGGCCGCUGGGAACACGAACCGGCCCAACCCCGCCGGCCACGAGCGCAAGAUCACCCUGAAACUGCAGCGCUCCGAGCGCCGGCGUGGCCAGGAGUGAGUCCCACGCUCUGAUCCUCCCAAGCGAACCUGGUUCCAGACUCAACGGCAACGCCACACGGACACAGAGACUAGCCAGCCGGACGGACGCCCCCUGCCAAGAUGGCCGACGCCCAGCGGGGAGGAGGGCGCCAGGCGGCCAUGCUGAGACUCCUGCCAUGGCAGCCCAGGCCUCUCGUAACAGGCCCCCGUGGGGAGGAGCGGUGAGGGGGCCCUAAGCGGCCUCGCUGGUGGGGGGGGGGGAUUUGGCUCAUUGCCAGCGGGGAAGAGAGGAGGGAACUGUGGGGUGAGGGUGAAGGGGGGGCACCGAGGGGGUAGGUCUGUUUCUCCCCCCCCCCCCCCCCAAUAAAGACACUUAACAUCUGCA